AUGGGUUGGUCAAAAAGUGAACCUGAGCCCAAACCAUUCUAUCCAUUUUGUGAUGAACUGAUUGAAGACGAGGGUGUGAUACUGAAAGGUCAGAAAAUAGUGGUACCAAAAGCACUGCAGCGUGAAUACGCUAACUUAGUACAUAGUGGUCAUUUGGGGGCAGAAGCCACCAAGCGUCGUGCAAGAGACAUGUACUGGCCAAGCAUGUGUCGAGACAUAGAUGACAUAAUAGGCCAGUGCAACAUAUGCCAUAGCACAAAAUCGCACCAGUCGAGAGAACCACUACUACCAUAUCCAGUGCCAAGCAGACCAUGGGCAAUAGUCGGAACGGAUCUAUUUGAGUGGCAUGGCAUGAUAUACCUUGUCACAGUAGACUCAUACUCUGGAUGGUUUGAACCGAACACAGUUAAGGACACAUCGACUAAAACAGUAGUGCAGAAACUCAAAUCGCAUUUCUCCAGGUUUGGUAUUCCAGACAUGCUGAUCUCCGAUAGUGGAUCACAGUUCACGUCGAGAGAAUUUAAGGACUUUGCAGUAUCAUGGGGACUCCAUCAUACAAUGAGCAGUCCACAUUUCCACAGUAGCAACGAACUGGCGGAGAAAGCUGUUCAAUCUGCUAAGCAGCUACUUGAGAAAUCGUUCAGAGAUGGCACGGAUCCUUACCUGAACAUUCUGAAUUGGCGCAAUACGCCAAGAGACAACACAUUGGGAUCGCCAGCGCAACGGAAUUUGUCGCAUCGAACAACCACAACAAUUCCUACGGCUGAAGCUCUGUUAAAACCAGAGAUAUUGGACCCUGAGCGGAUCCAACACCAACUGCCAGAGAAAAGACAGCAACAGAAGAAGAAUAUUGACAAGUCAUCUAAACCACUCAUACCUUUGCAGACAGGGGACACUGUUCGUGUGCAAACAGCGAAAGGUUAUGACAAACUAGGUAACGUUGUCAAAUUGGCGGACGAGCCAAGAUCAAAUCUACAGAAGGGAAAGAAUACAGAAGAAACCGACACCAUCUUCUUAAGGUGCCAGCUGUUUCAGCAACACCAAAUGCUGACAUGCUUUCCACUUCAACAACCGUGA